AUGGGAGGCACAAUACCAGCUGCUCCAGCCAAUGCCUCCGCAGAGGAGACAAGUAAGGGCAAAGCAGAGGAACAGCCAGAGGAGCCAGUUAAAUCACCUGAACCAGAAAGUGAAGAGAGCGACUUAGAAAUUGACAAUGAGGGAGUGAUUGAACCAGACAAUGAUGACCCUCAAGAAAUGGGAGAUGAAAAUGUGGAGGUAAGUGAAGAGAUGAUGGAUCAAGCCAAUGAGAAGAAGAUUGAAGCCAUAAAUGCUCUAAGUGAAGGUGAACUUCAGAAAGCUGUCGACUUGUUCACAGAUGCUAUCAAGCUGAAUCCUUGUUUGGCCAUCUUGUAUGCCAAGAGGGCAAGUGUUUUUGUGAAACUCCAGAAGCCAAAUGCUGCCAUUAGAGAUUGUGACAGAGCCAUCAAGAUAAAUCCUGACUCGGCACAGACCUACAAAUGGAGAGGGAAAGCGCAUAGACUUCUGGGUCACUGGGAGGAGGCUGCUCAUGAUCUUGCAUUAGCUUGUAAACUGGAUUAUGAUGAAGAUGCUAGCGCCAUGCUGAAGGAGGUGCAACCAAGAGCUCAGAAAAUUGCAGAACAUCGCCGAAAAUAUGAGCGGAAGCGUGAAGAAAAGGAAAUCAAGGAAAGAAUGGAAAGAGCGAAGAAGGCACGGGAGGAGCAUGAGAGAGCACAAAGGGAGGAAGAAGCAAGACGACAGGCAGGAGGAGCUCAGUUUGGUGGUUUCCCAGGUGGUUUUCCAGGUGGAUUUCCUUGGGCUAUGCCUGGAGGUGCGCCAGGUCUCAAUGAGAUUCUCAGUGAUCCAGAAGUCCUUGUGGCUGUGCAGGAUCCAGAAGUUAUGAUUGCAUUCCAAGAUGUUGUCCAGAACCCAGCAAAUAUGUCCAAGUACCAGAACAAUCCCAAGGUCAUGAAUCUCAUCAGUAAAUUGUCUGCCAAAUUUGGCAGUAAACCAUAAAAUCCCUGGUUCUUAAAAAUCAUAUCUGAAUGGGAAGGAUUGGAUUUGGCUAACCAGUGUUGCAAUAAAACAAACCGUUGUACCUCUGAUCUUCUUAAGAAGAGAAAUGGGGUGUUCUAAGGAGAACUGCUCUCUAGCCCAAGCAUUGACUUUAUUCAAUGAUUGAUUUACACCACUUAAAUUAUAGUCAGAUGACCUAGUUUCAACCAUCUCUUCUUGUCCAAGAGUUGCAAUCUUUUAUUAUAAGUAUUACAGACAGUUUAUUUUCAAUGAAUGCUCCUGUAAGAAAUAUAAUAUUCUAGGAGUGUAAGAUAAAAAACUGCU